AUGGGCGGUAAUUCAGCCGAACCUAAUCACCAUGAAGAGAGUACUAACCCUGUGGAAGGACAAGUGGACGGUCCAGACUGGGAGAAGGCUCUCUCUCAAUUAGGUCAUCUGGUCAGGAACCCAGACUUUGAACCCAGACAGUGUGUGUCCAGAAACAGGAACAGGAGACCUCAGGUGACUAUGACACCAACGGGUGUUCUGCAGCCCAUCGCUAAGAACCGAGACCCAGUGGAACAGAGCCCGAGACAACCCUCACCCGACAGGACCACCAUCAACUGCCUGCCACACACACAGACAGUCCCCCUAUGUGAGGAGAAGGAGAGAGAGAAGGCCCUGUUGGUUAAAGCCAGAGAGAGAACCAUGAGAUACUUGAAGGAGGAUGUGGCGUACUACCAUGAGAAGGUCACCAAAGACCUGGGAUCCCUAGGCCAGACCCUGGACAGAGCUCUGGAGGUGAACAAAAAUGAAGAGGAAGCUAAACUGGAGGAGAGGAUUGAUUUUGAAAGGAUGGUUAGGAGGUUUGGGAAGGGUGAGAGAUUGAUGAAGCCAGCGCUAGAGGUUGCAGGAAGAAUUGACAGAAAAAGAUCAAGACACCCAAAAGUAAAGAAGGUAAUGAAUGGGAGAAGAGCUGGCCAAAUAGUGAAGGUGGCAGAAGACGAAGAGAGUGAAGCAGGUCAAAAUGCGCGGCCAGUGAAAAUUGACAAGGAAACGGCUGCGGAGUUCAUGCACAAAGUCCAAAAUGUGUUUGUAGGUUUUGAGAAAGUACAAGACAUCGACAUGUGUCACAUGAUCAGAAAGCAGAUCAAGCAAGACCAGAUGAUGUUGGAUGCUUGGAAGCUCCAGCAGGAGUUAGUCGUGGGCUCUUUCAGAAACUACUGGAGAGAGCUGGAGGAGGGCAUCGAACCCAUGCUGGACAGAGUGCAGGAAAUAGCCGCUGUGGAAGUUGAGAAUGACUUCGCUACACUUGAGUCAGUGAGUCAGAACUACAGGUCACCUACUCCAGUGACUAUGACCUCCUUGACCUCUGUCUCUCUGACUGCACCACGGACCGCUACUACAGCCACUGCCCCCCUCUUCCUCCCCGUUAUCAUCCCUCCUUCUAGCCUCCAGACCACCGCCGCUCCACCCCUCCCUCUCCCCCAUCGCCUGCCCCCACUGAAUGUUCCACUGCCCACCCUGGCAUGGCCACAGACCACGCAUCUGCCACCCAUUUCCACCCAGACUGAGGGAGGGCAGACAUGCAACACCGACAGGACUGAAACCCCGGUACUGGACAGUAAUGGAGAUCUGACAGGAGAAACCAAUGAGAUUGAUGUUGAGGUAAAGGAGAUUAUCAUCCUGCCUGAUGAGAUUGAUUAUGUUGAGGUAAAGGAGAUGAUCAUCAUGCCUAAUGCGACUGAUUAUGAGGAGGUAGAGGAGAUUAUCAUCCUGCCUGAUGAGGAAAGGUUCCAAGUGAAGCAAGAGAAGAAGGAAGAAGUGAAGGUAAAGGAGAAGAAGGAACAGGAGAAUGAGACAGAGGAGUGGAAGAAAUGCCGCAAGACCCUCGAGAAGAAGUGA